CCACCAUAUGCUAUUCCAUAAAAUCAUGUCUUCAGAGUCUGUCCGCGCUAUCCAAAAGGUCUUCCUCUCUUCGCCUUCUUUCGCUGUCGUCGGCGCCUCUAAGGAUCAGACGAAGUUCGGUACGAAGGUUUUGAAAUGGUACCAAGCUCGAGAUUUGGAUGUUAAGCCUGUGCACCCGAAAGAGUUAGAACUGGAAGGGAUUGCUACAGUCCAGAAGAUCAGCGAUCUCCCCGUACCCGACAAGACGUCCAUCAGUGUCAUCACCAACCCUAAGAUCACCCUUGGAAUAUUGAAGGAAGCCAAGGAGCUCUCCGUGCCUGCCCUAUGGUUGCAACCAGGAGCUGAAGAUGCUGCAGUUGUCGAAUACAUCAACAAGAACGGGUUAGCGGAUCGCGUAAUUUACGGCGGUCCUUGUAUCCUUGUACAGGGUGAUGGCAUACGCAGCCAACUUUGAAGGCGCCG